AGUGAAAGCAAAUCAUCGCGACAUGCAGCGCUCACUGCGUCUCGACGAUUUGGACGUGACGCGCGUGCGAGACCUCGACGCGACGAGUGAGCACCUGCAGACGCUUUCGGAGCUCUCGGACGUCCAGGAAAAGUACUACCGGCUUGGUGCAGAGAUGCGUUUGCUCAAACAAAAUCAUCUCCACGCCACGGCGCUCCGUGACGAACUCCACCACGUGCGUCUUCUCUUGCAGGCAAGCCAGGCCCGAGAAGCGCAACUCGCAGAGCGUCUGGACGCCGCGAAUCAAGAGCUCGCGGGAUGCCACGCCAAAGCGACUGCUCUGAAAACCGUGGUGGCUGAGCCGCCGACACGACGCGAAGCGUGGUCCGAGCGUGAAAUGGAGACAUUCGUGCUCGAGCUGAAGCGCGAACUUCAAGUGCGCGACGCGGAGCUGCGCGCCAAAGACGAAACUGCGCUCCAUUACGAGACGCUGUACAUGGACUUGCAAGCGCACUGUGAGCGCCUCGACACGAGUGUCGCUGCGCUCCGACUGCAGGUGCGCGAGGCCCAAGUGCAGGCGCCGUCGACCGCGGCGAUGGGCCAGCUCGUGUGCGACAACCAGCGCCUCGUGGCCCUUCUCAUCGAUACCAAAGAGUUUGGUCACUUCAAGUUUUACACGUCGCUCGAGAACGCUUCGUUUGUCGCCCCCGACAGCUUUGGCCCCCCGGGGGUGGCCCCCAGCAGCGGCGCCCCCCAGAAAGACGACAUCCUUGCGUGGGGACGGCUCGUCCACGAGCUCAGCGAGGUCUACCCGCGAUCCCCCGAAUCGCCCCCGAUUCACGUGGCCACCGAGGAAAAGCAGUGGGUACCCACCAAAGUGCUCUCAAUCCUCUCGACCUUUCGCGCCGAGUACGCACCAUCCGUGCCGCCACACGCAUUCGCAAGGAUGGCCAAGGCGAUCAAUGCCGCGUGGCACAAAGCCUGCGCCGCCAAGCUCGCACAGCUGCGCGACGCCAUGACGCAAGAAACAUCGGCGCUUCGGCGGCGGGUCAAGCACGCCGUCCCGUAUGAGGCGGUGGUGCACGUCCGCGAGAUCCACCGGCUCAAGACCGAGCUCGCGCAGCUGAUCCAUGAAAAGCUGCGCGCAUCCAAGGGCGACAUCAGUCGCAUGAAGCCCGAGCGCCGUUGCCACUGCAGUUCACUUGCCUGAGGCCGACGACGAUGCUUUUUGAAGCAAACGGC